UAUUAGAAAAAUGAUAUACAGUUAGCACAUUAGUUAAUUAAAUACAAUAAAUACUGCGUGUGGUUGGCGGUUGACGUUUUCGUCGUUCCCAGAGCUUAAUUGUUAAGGCCAAAACAUGAAUAAACUGCGACCAUAUGUGCCAUCCAAGCGAGUUGCCAUACGGGACUCGAUUGAUGAGGAUAUCAGCGAUGAUGUGGAUGAUGAGGUGUUUAUUAAGGAUGCGCGUUCCGCCAAACGCAGCGAGGAGCAAGGACUCAAGCGUCCGUUGAUGGCGCCACGUCGCAAGCACAGCCUCGGCUCCAGCUCCACGCCCAUUAUGAAGCAACAUAAGCGCAGACGCUGCUGCCGUUGGUGCGAGCCCUUUUGCUAUACCUUGGCCGCCCUAACCGUGCUCUGUGCUCUUCUAAGUCUGGCUGCCCUUCUGCUCACUUUAUUCCCUUUGCCCGUGCAGCGCAUAAAUCACUGGUGGAGCGAGCCGAAAGUAGCCGCUCCGGCUGACAAUGUCGCAUAUGGCAGCAGCCUUGGCAGCGAGUUUGUGCCCUGCACACAGAUUAGCGUGCAGCGCCUUUGGACGCGCAGUCUGCCGCGCAUGAACAGCGAGAGUCCUUUGCGUGCCGCUGAUCUCAAUGGUGAUGGCAUCAAGGAGCUCAUCUUCGGCUACGGCGUGGACGAUAAUAUACAUUAUGAGGGCAUACCGCUGCCGCGCUGCAAGUCCGCGCAGCAAACCGAUGAUGUGCCCUGCGAGGGCGGCGUUGUAGCCUUGAAUGGCAUCGAUGGCUCCAUAUUAUGGCAGACCUGGAGUGUGGCGAAUGUUUUCUCACUACACUGCAAUGUAGACAUUGAUCGCGAUGGCGUCACCGACUGCGUAGCCGCUGGCAGACUGGGUAUGAUAUUUGCCAUAAGUGGAAGCAUUGGUCAGGUCAUCUGGAACUUCCAUGAGCUGGAGGUGGAGACCAAUUCGCCUAUAGUCAUGGACUUGUAUACAAUUAACGUGCUGCGCGAUCUGGACGGCGAUGAGGUGCCCGAGAUUAUAGCUGCGCAUCUGGAGGAGCGCGAGGAGUCCAGAGCCGGGCACAUCAAGCUCAUUUCAGGCAAAACGGGAAAAGUGCUGCGCAGCAUACCCACGCCACAUCGUGAGGAGAUGUUUGUGCCCAUUCAGCUGCUCACGCGCAACGAUGGCACCGAGCUGCUGCUCAUGCUUACUGGAGGGCAAAACACACCCGGUGGCAUUUACAGUCUGCGUCUGUUGACGCUCAUGGCGCACACCAGCGAAAAGCAUUUCACUCCGCUGCAUCAGCAGGCGGCCUCGGGUUUAAUGGUGCCAGCUGUGCUAACUGAUCUCAAUGGCGAUGGAUUUACUGAUGUCAUCGUGGCUGCUUUCAAUAGCAGCGUCUUUGCCUUUGAUGGUCGCAACUACAGCAUGAUGUGGAACUAUACCUUCCCAGCCAGCGAGUGUGUCAGCGCCAUUGUGCCUGGACACUUUGAUCACGACAAUGUCACCGAUUUCAUGGUGAAGUAUAACACCGGUCCAGGCUUUCCCGUGUACUAUUAUUCGCAGACAACUAUACUGAGUGGACUCACUGGUCAGCCCUUGCUCAAUGCUGUUAUGACAGAUGCUGGUGGCGCUAGCAGUCUGCUCGGUGGUGUAUCCAUUUCGCAAAGCUUCGGUGGCGAUUUCUUCCUGCACUGGCAGCUGCAGUGCCGCAACAGGCCCAACGCACGAGAUGCGUAUGAAUUUGUGCUGGAUAGUGACAUCAUUCUACAGGCACGUGCGGAUACUUGUCGGCUGCGCUUUAAUGAGUCCACGGUGCUGAAACUUAAUGCCAUUGCUAGACACAUUGAGCCACCUGGUGCUGUGCUCUUUAGCACAGAUGAUUUGGAGGUACAGCUGAAUCGCACGCAUCGUCCUGCACCAGCUGGUAAGCAGAGUCCACUAAAGCAUCCCAAGUUACUCAAGAAACUGCUUGCCAAUCGGGAGCAGCUGCUCAGGCAGGCGGCGGCCACGGAGCGAAGUGAACAGUUGCCAAUUACGUCUAAGCAUGCCAAGCAUCAUAAGCGUCCGUUGUCAGAUCUCUUGCCAGAAGAAGAGGUAGCUGAUGAACUUAAUGGCUUUGGUAACGGCUUCCUCAAGGAACCCUAUAAGGAAUUUAGGGACUACGAACCAUUGCCGCUGCCUGCUGAAAAUUCACUGCGCUUACCCGAAGAAUUUGAGCUGGUGUACAAUGAUGAGUUGCCACAACCGGAGCAGAACGACCGUCCGAUACACUUGCGCAGCAAAUAUCCCAGUGGCAGCAAUCGUGAUGUACGUAGUGGCGACAUGGAUCUCACUACAUCUACAUCUACAAGUCAGCCGCCAGCGGCACAGUCUCCAGUUAGCCUAUGGGACUUAGAGCUGGACAAUGAGGCGCAUGAGCAGGCUGCCGAUGCUGCAGCGGCAGUAAUAAGCUCCAGCAGAGAUUCGCAGUAUCAACGUCGCAGGCGCGAUGAAGCUGAAACCACCACGGCCUCGCCAGAUUCAAUGGCUUCAGUUAACUGGUAUAUGCCUUCCAUUUCAUCUACAGGUGUGUUGCUCAAGGCGUUAGGUAAUGCCAGCUCUUCCCUUGACUUUGCCUUUGUGCUCAAUAUACGCGAAUCUGAGGCAUAUCCACCGUUGUUCUCGCCGCAGGAUUUGAGUUGCGUUGAGGAGAAAAUAAGCGCUUAUAAAAGUUAUACCGCCGAGAAUUUACGUGUGCUGCGUAAGCAGUUUCUUAAACAGUGCCUGAGCGAGCGUCUCGUGGAUGUGGAGCCCGCUCUUCCACAGUACGAAUCCCAAUUGAUAGUCACACGCAUUGGCCUCACGUGCACCUGUCGCACUUUACAGCCAGGGGAGGUGUGCUCAGAAUUAGAUCCCAUCGAAAUACAGCGCUGGACAGAAUUCAUGGGCAACGAUGGGAAUGGGUACUAUGCCGACUAAAACUGCAACUUAAUGCUUCAACUAGAACUAAGUCUAUCCUUCGCUCUCUAAUCACCUAUUGUAAUAAACCGAUAUUUACGUGUGUAUGGCUGUUUCUUGUA